CCAACCUCGCUCGAACCGUUACAGAAACAUAGAUGCCGACGACGGAGAGUCGUCUGAGGAUGACCAAGUGGACGGCGACGGCGGCCAGCAUCUGGAUCCAGUGCUUCGGCGGCGCUUCCUACACCUUCAGCAUCUACUCCUCCGCGCUCAAGUCCAGCCAAGGCUACGACCAAUCAACGCUCGACACGGUGUCCGUCUUCAAGGACAUAGGCGCCAACGCGGGCAUCUUCUCCGGACUCCUAUACUCCGCCGUGGCGCUCAACCGUUUCGGAGGGCCCUGGGUUGUGCACGUCGCGGGGGCAAUCCAAUGCUUCGCGGGGUACUUCUUUCUCUACGCCGCCGUGGCCGGGUUGGUGGAGCCUCCGCCGGUGGCGGUUGUUUGCUUGUUCAUGUUCUUAGCGGCUCAUUCUCAGACCUUCUUCAAUACGACGAGUGUCGUCACCGGCGUACAGAACUUUUCCGACUAUGGUGGGACCAUUGUUGGUAUAAUGAAGGGGUUUAUGGGUCUCAGUGGAGCAAUACUGGUGCAAUUCUAUGACACACUAUGCAAAGGCAACCCUGGCUACUUCCUCUUAUUGCUGGCUUUGUUGCCGACACUAGUCUCCAUUUUGUCCAUGCCCUUCGUGAGAAUCUAUGAAGCUUGUAGAGCUGAAACUGAUAAGAAGUACUUGAAUGGUUUCUCUGCUUUUGCUCUGCUCAUUGCUGCUUAUCUGAUGGUCACAAUCAUAUUGAGAAACAUUUUCACUUUCUCAUUAUGGGCAAGUGUCUUGACAUUCACAUUACUUCUUCUGAUUCUAGUCGCCUCACCCACUGGUAUUGCAGUCAAAGCUCAGUUCAUGGAGUCGAAGAGACGGCGAGAACCGAGUACUUCUACUGCGAGUAAUGCUUUACUUGAUGAAGAGGUCUCUAUAGAAUAUGAUCGUGAAGAUAUGAAUCUUGUGAGUGCUAUGAGCUCUGUUAAUUUCUGGUUGUUGUUUAUUGCAAUGCUUUGUGGAAUGGGUACUGGCUUGGCUACCAUAAACAACAUGAGCCAAUUAGGCCAGUCACUUGGUUACACAACAGUGGAGAUCAACACAUUUGUUUCUCUAUGGAGUAUAUGGAACUUUCUAGGCAGAUUUGGAGCUGGCUAUGUCUCAGAUUAUUUGCUACAUACAAGAGGGUGCGCAAGGCCAUUGUUAAUAGCUCUCACUCAAGUAACAAUGGCUGUUGGGCACCUUAUAAUUUCAUCUGGUUUUUCUGGAAAUCUAUACGUGGGUUCAAUCAUUGUAGGCAUCUGUUAUGGUUCACAGUGGUCACUAAUGCCCACCAUCAGUUCUGAGAUCUUUGGUGUCACACAUUUUGGUACCAUUUUCAACACAAUUGCCAUAGCCAGCCCUGUUGGGUCUUACAUUUUCUCAGUGAGGGUGAUAGGAUUCAUAUAUGACAAACAAGCUUCUGAAGAAGAUGGGACCUCCUGCAAUGGCACUCACUGCUUCAUGAUAUCUUUUCUGAUCAUGGCCUCUGUUGCCUUCUUGGGGUCUCUCGUUGCUCUUGUACUGUUCUUCAGAACCAAGAGGUUCUACGACUCCAUUGUGAUAAAAAGAUUGCGGCAUUUUCCAAACUAGAUACACUGAUCGAGAUAAAAAAAAAUUGUGCAUUUGUAAGCAAUGGUUUUUCAUCUUGUGAAUUCGUAACAGAUUAAAUUUAUUUUCGGAAAGAGAUAAUUUUCUGUCAAGUAUAUUCCAUGGAACCGAUUAAAUUUCAAUCUUUAUCAAUGACGUCCCCAAAUUUCGGAUCUUUAUGGCUGGAAUAGC